AUGGCACCGAGCAAGAACAAUGCCGACAAGAUGAUUCUGUCCGAGGAUGGGCUCGCCGACAUGAGUGAUCGGGAGCAGCAGAUCUACGAGGGCGGCAUCCAGAAGUUCAAUCGUCUCGGAUGGAAGCGCCUGACGAUCGUACUGAUCGUGGAGGCUGUCGCUCUGGGAACGCUCUCGAUCCCGUCGACCUUUGCGAAGCUCGGCAUGGUGGCUGGCGUGAUCUGCUGUGUCGGUCUCGGUCUCAUCGCGGUGUACACCAGCUACAUUAUCGGCCAGGUCAAGGUCAAGUUCCCGCAUAUCGCGGAUUACCCCGAGGCGGGCCGGCUGAUGUUCGGUCGAUGGGGAUACGAGAUACUGUAUAUCAUGCUGGCCCUUGAGCUCCUUCUGUCCGCUGGAUCUCACUGUCUCACCGGCACGAUCGCAUUUGCCAACAUCACCAACAGUAACAUCUGCGCCCUUGUCUUCGCAGUUGUCUCGGCGAUUAUCUUGUUUGUCUUCGCUAUCCCACCCAGUUUCUCGGAGAUGGCUAUCCUCGGCUACAUUGACUUUGUGUCCAUUGUUAUUGCGGUUGGAAUUACAAUCAUCGGAACCGGAGUGGAGGCUUCCAACUCAACGGGACUGGCAGCAGUUGACUGGUCUGCCUGGCCGAAAGAGGGCCUUACCUUUUCGGAGGCCUUUAUUGCGCUCUCCAACAUCAUUUUCGCCUAUAGCUUUGCGCUUUGCCAGUUCUCCUUCAUGGACGAGAUGCACACUCCUACCGACUUCCCAAAAUCCGUAUGGGCUCUCGGUUUGGCUGAGAUCUUUAUCUACACCAUCACUGGUGCAUUGGUGUAUGCCUUUGUCGGCCAAGAUGUCCAGAGCCCUGCCUUGCUGUCCGCCGGCAGCUUGCUGAGCAGGGUGGCCUUUGGUGUCGCUUUGCCAGUCAUCUUCAUUAGCGGCUCCAUCAACACAGUGGUUCUGGGCCGACUGAUCCACGGCCGCAUUUUCAAGGGCUCCAACAUUCGUUUCGUCAACACCAAAAUGGGAUGGAUUACCUGGCUUGCCUUGAUUAUCGUGCUGACCGUCCUUGAGUUUGUGGUUGCCGAGGUCAUCCCAUUCUUCGAUGACCUCCUGUCCAUCAUCUCUUCGCUCUUCGUCUCCGGCUUCACCUUCUACUUCCCAGCCAUAAUGUGGUUCAUGUUCAUCCGCGAGGGUAGCUGGUUCAGCAAGAAGAACAUGUUCUUGAGUGUGACCAACCUUCUCAUCCUUGUGAUUGGUCUGAUUGUGCUGGUUGCAGGAACCUACGCGAGUGUGGUCGAUAUUAUCAAUUCCUACAAUGCCGGUUCCGUUGGAGGAGUGUUCUCGUGCAAGGCCACCUAG